UAUGCCAUAAGGUUUGUCAAAGAACAUUUUGCGAAUAAGUUCGAACGGUUAUUAAUACUGCUGUGACUUUGACUGACUCGGCGGGGGGCAAAGAAUGCAACCGGAAUAUCUCGUCAUCACCCCGACGGUUGGUUUAUGCGAUCACAAGUGUCAACUUUUGGCAAGAUUGAUGAAGGUUUGCGUGAACAUAUGAUUUGUAAUAGAGAAGCCUAUCGUUGUAUACACAGUAUGCGUCGAUACUCCGUCGACCCUACGCCAUGGUGGAUGAUCAAUUGUGCCCUUCUUCUACUUGUUCGCCCGCUGAUCGGUCGAUUUGUGAUAUUACCUACGCUUAGCUGUUCAUGCAUAAAGCAUCAGUUAUCGUAAUAACCCUAUUCAGAGGUGAUGGGGCAGCAGAACCUAGUAGUGCAUGACAAGAUCGAUUGAUUCAACUCAUACCCUUUAUGUCAACC